AUGGGGAUGAAAGAAUUAGCAGUAUGGAUUGUAAGGCUCUCGGUGGCAUGUGCUUUGAGAGUGUCUCUGAAACCAGCAAGAGCUCCCAACCACAACAAGAGAAUCUGUAGCACCUGGGGAAACAGCCACUUUAAGACCUUUGAUGGAGAUGUCUACCAGUUUACUAGCACCUGUGACUACAACUUUGCCUCUGACUGUCACAACUCACUUCCCAAGUUUUCUGUUCACAUCCAGCGGGCAGAUACAGAGGGCAAACUUCUCAUUGAAUCUGUGGUGAUAACCAUCAAAGAUUAUGUCAUCUUCUUGACUAAGGACACUGCUGUUGUCAAUGGGGAAAUAAACUGUGCAGACUACAAGGCCAUAGUACCCCUAUCAUACCCCGACUCCUCAGCAAUCUUUAGUGUUACUUUAUCUUUUAACCUGGAAAUUCUGUUAAAAGCCAAGAAAUGUCCAUUCAACAUGAUCUAUGAAGAGAGCCGUUCUCCAUGUUUGGAUACCUGUUCUAAUCAGGAUGCCAGCAAACUGUGUGAAGAACAUGCUAUGGGCGGCUGCUUUUGCCCCCCAGGAAUGGUUCUGGAUGACCUUUCAAAUACUGGUUGCAUACCAGCCACAGAGUGCAAAUGCUCACUGCAUGACACACAGUUCAACCUGGGAGAGAUCGUCAAGCAGGAGUGUGAGGAAUGCCUGUGUAACGCCGGUAAAUGGAUGUGUAAGAACCUGCCAUGUUCUGCAACCUGCUCUGUGGAAGGUGGAAUCCACAUCACCACCUUUGAUGGAAAGUCCUAUACUUUCCAUGGCAACUGCUACUACAUCCUGACAAAGAUUCCUGGAGUCAAGGGCUUCACUGUUUUAGUAGAACUAAUUCCAUGUGGCACUCAGCAGCUGGAUGCUUGUAUGAAAACUAUGGUACUUCUGCCAGAUAACAACAGGAACAACGCAUUGUCUUUUAAAACAGACGGGAGAGUUUUUCAGAAUAAUGCUGAAAUCCACUUACCCUACGUAACAGCCAACAUUAAGAUCUUCAAGCCUUCAUCUUUUCACAUCAUGAUCCAGACAGAGGCUGGCCUUCAGAUUCAACUACAACUGGUUCCCAUAAUGCAAAUUUACGUUGCAUUGGAUCAGUCCAACAAAAAAAAGAUGGAAGGUAUGAUUUCCAAUUAUGCAAACUCUGCUUCCAAUAUUGUGAAUGCUACGGAAAAGUGCAAAAUAGAACAAUAUGCUGAACACUGGUGCUCUAAACUUCGGGUUGAAAAAGGAGACUUUUCUAAAUGUCAUGCUAUGGUUGACCCUCAAGAAUACUAUAAGAAAUGCAAAUACUCCACCUGCAUCUCUGAGAAGAGUGAAGACUGCUUGUGUGCAACACUGUCCUCAUAUGUGAGGGCCUGUAUGGCUAAGGGCAUCACCUUGGAAGGGUGGAGAAAGAAUGUCUGUGUUAAGUAUGCAGAAAGCUGUCCUGCUACACAAAUCUUCUCCUAUGGUAUAAAGAGCUGCCAACAGACCUGCCACUCCCUCAGCAUGGGUAGUCAGGCUUGCACUAUGAAUUUCAAACCCAUGGAUGGAUGCUCUUGCCCAGAAGGUUUUUACCAGAAUGACCAAGGGAGCUGUGUGCCUAAGGCAAAGUGCCCAUGCUACCAUAAAGGAGACAGGAUUAAACCUGGAAAAUCUAUAAUGAUACAAGAUGAAAGAUGGCCAAAUGACCUAAAAUGCAGCACUGGAUUCCAGUUAGUUACAAAAAUAGAAGAAUGGAAAUGCUGCCUUGUCUACACCUGUGAGCCAAAGGAUGUUUGUGUCCUCAAUUCUGUGGAAUACCAGGUUGGAGUUCCAGUUCCGCUAGAUAAAUGCCAGACAUGUGUCUGCAGCCAGGAAAUCGAUCCUAAAGAUAAACUACACAUCAUUAACUGUGUGCCUAUGAUAUGUGAUGAGACUUGUGAGCCGAAAAUGGGCACACUUACCUUGAGAGAGGAGAAGGUGUGUCGAAUCUCUGGAGGAGAUGUGGCUUCACGGUGA